AUGCAUGGCCGAGUAGGUGACGGUCCUAGAGGAGCUGGUGCUUGUUUUGUUGGUGGGCUGUUGUCCAUUCCAGCACCGACAUCCCGUCACUCGUUCCGUUACUCAGGCCCUAGACCCCCUCCUUCUGGGCAGACGCGUACUGCCACCACAGAGAGCGAUAGUGAGGCGGACGAUGAGGAGGAGGAGGACGAGGAGGGGGAUGAGGAGGAGGCUGCUGAGGACGAGGAGGGGAGCAGGGAUGAUAGUGAGCAGGGGUGGACACCCGAGACGCAUGGCGGUGGGGGAGGGGGGGGUGAUGAAGAUGAGGAGAUGGAAGGGUUGGAGCCAGAGGGGGGGGAGGAGGAGGGGGUGGGUGAGGGAGGAGGGGUAGCCGCGGAGGAGGCCUUUCAGCAUGUGGGUAGAGGAAGUGGGCGCGGGGGGGUUAAGUUUCGCAAGCUAUUGAUCCUGUGCAACCACCACUACGGGCAGAAGAACUUCAUACCCUCGCGCUGGACGGUUGCACACGACAUCGUGGUCUUUGUUGCGGCCGCUCUACAGGCGGCCAUUGCGGAGCUGCUGGCGAAGGAGGGGGAUUUGGGAUGCAAGGUGUCCUACAGCAUCGACAUGUGGACUGCACCGAAUAGCAAGGCUUGGCUGGUGGUGACAGGUCACUGGAUAGACGAGUCGUUUCAGCUUUGCAUGGCAGUGCUAGAUUUUUGUGAGUUGACGGGGCGUCAUACCGGCAGGGAGAUGGCGCAGGUGGUGGAGGAGACGGUGGUGUUGUGGGGGUUGCAGGGGCGUUGUCUGGGCCUCACCUCUGACAACGCCUCUUCCAACAUUGCCGCCUUCAGGCGGUUGUCGGGGGAGGGUGGUGGUCGAGGUUUCUUCAACUCUCGCCUGCACCUCAGGUGCUUGUCACAUGUGAUAAACCUUGCAGUGCAGGGGACUUUGUCUGAGGAUGCCAUUUGCGACCUGCUGAAGGUGCUCAGAGAUAUGGCGUCUUGGAUUGGGUAUUCGCCACAGCGCUCGGCGGCCUUUCUGGGCAUCCAAAGGAGCUUGAACUUGCAGGCCCGCGUCAACAAACCGGCGUUGAAGCUGGUGCAGGACAGUCCAACCCGCUGGGGUUCGACUCACGCCAUGGCCGACCGCGUCCUUCUGCUGCAGAACCCGAUCACAGUGUUCUUUGCCUCGACCCAGCCUCUAAUUUUAACCCCUUCCCCCAUGCCAUGCCGCACACUGAACCCGGACAGGGCGGCAAAGGCGGACAAGGAGAAGGUGGAGAAGCUGCGCCUUUCAGACGAGCAGUGGGAAUUGUUGUUGGAGUUGAUGACAUUUCUCAGCCCCUUCAACAAGGUCUCCAAGGCAGCUAAGGGGACGGCGUACCCGACAGUGUCGAUGGUGGUGCCCUACUACAUCGGCCUCAUCGACGCCAUGGAGUCGCGUCUAGCCAAGGGGCCAUCGGCGACGCUGCGGCCGAUGAUCGUAAAGGCGCUUGACUUAUUGAAGAAGUACACCUACAUCACCAGCAACGAGCACUGGAUCGCCACCUUCCUGAACCCCUCCAUGAAGGCGGCGUGGUUCGACGACGAUCACUGGGGGAAGCUGCAUCCAUGGACAGAGCGGAGGGAGAGGCCGCGCCCCGCAUCCAGCGAUGUGAUCGCGCUUGUACGUGAGCGCGUGGCCGAGUACCAGGCGGCGGCUAGGGAGCUGGCUCCUCGGCCCACUACACUUGCCCUCGUGGUGGAGGAGCAGGAGGGAGAGGGUGGGGAUGACGAUGACGACCAGUAUCUCCCUAGUCGCCGACGAAUUGCGGCGCGUCUGUCGGCGAGCCAGGCGGCGGGGGGGGGGGGGGGGGGGGGGGGGGGGGGGGGGUGGGCUUGUGCAGGAUGA